AUGACAAUCGAAAGCAUCUUCCUCUACAAAGCCCUGCUGUGUGGCGUGAAGAGAGACAAAAGAGCGCCACAAACGCCACCGCAGUCAUCAAGGGACGCUCUUUUGUUUACCUGUGUGGGCUUGUUAGCGCACGGCUCCGUCACGCGCGCCUCUGCCUUUCUUCUGCAGCCUUUGCGUUUCUCAGCUGAUUUCAGGGUCCAGGCACUAAAGCGGUUGGGGUUGGCCUUGCUGGUGUGGCAUUGUCCCCAGCAGGCCCCGGAUGCUUCGGAGAACCGCUGGCCUUCAGACCGCCUGGAGGACCCGAACUCUGUUGCACACCAAGCAGAGGGAGAGUGUAAGGGAGAGGAGAAGGUGCACUGA